AGUCUCUUAGUAGCCACACUCUUUGCUCCUUUCAUAAGAAACGGCUACUGGAGGCCACCCGAGUGUGGCAGAGAAGCAGAUGAGUGCUCCAGCCCUAGGAACCUUCGUGCUCGGUUUUCUGUGUUUCCCGCCGGACGGGUGGUGCUGGUGCCCUGGCUGAGCCUUUGGAAACUGAAGGACGCCUCAAGUCGGGAAGCAUGUCCAGCUUCUCUAGGGCGCCCCAGCAAUGGGCCACUUUUGCUCGAAUGUGGUAUCUCCUAGAUGGUAAAAUGCAACCCCCUGGCAAACUCGCAGCUAUAGCUUCACAAAAACUUCAAGGAUUACAUAAACCAGUGUACCAUCCGCUCAGUGACUGUGGAGACCAUGUUGUCAUAAUAAACACAAGACAUAUUGCAUUUUCUGGAAACAAGUGGGAACAAAAAAUGUACUCCUCUCAUACUGGCUACCCAGGUGGUUUUAGACAACUAACAGCUGCGAAACUUCACCUGAAGGACCCAGUGGCGAUUGUGAAAUUAGCUACUUAUGGCAUGCUGCCCAAAAACCUGCACAGAAGAACAAUGAUGCAAAGGUUGCAUCUUUUUCCAGAUGAGGAUAUUCCAGAAGAUAUUCUUAAGAAUUUAGUAGAAGAGCUUCCUCAGCCACGGAAAGUACCCAAACGGCUGGAUGAGUACAGCCAGGAAGAAAUAGAGGCUUUCCCGAAACUGUGGACUCCACCUGAAGAUUUUCGGAUGUAGGAGAAUUGAAAUGGUUGACAAUAACAGCAAGAGACUGAAUGUUUUGUGAAGUAUUCCCAUGACCCAGGACACAGAAAACAACACUUGAGCUCACUGUGGGGAACACUCAAGACGGGCAGGCCUCAGUGGGAAAUUGUAGUAGAGCAUACUACAUUACAGAAGUGUCUUAUGUGACCUGCUUUACGUGCUAGAAGUGUUAAUAAAAUGCUUACUUGGUUACCCA